GAAAUUUAAGUAAAAAUCUACUUACCGUAUAACAAGAGCCUGGGUGAUGCGGAGUUAGGACGCACCGUAGAUAACUAGGUACGCAGGAGUGGAAGAGGAUCAUCCUUGAAUAACCUCACUGGGUAAACCUCAAUCCUUCUGGGAAAUACGGUACAAAGGAGUAGGAUGUAGCACAGGAGAAAAUGGAGAUUACAGAUAUUCACUUUACUGUUACCUUGAAUAAUCCUAUCUCAAAUCUUAUCAACGCAGAGCAGAGCAUAAGGGUUGGUUUGUGACACUCAACUGAUUCAAACAUUAACAUAUUUACUAUGUACAAUCCACGGGUGCCAAAGCGUUCUACAGGUGACAGUUUAUGGUCAAAUUUUUAGUAAAGUUUCAGUUUCUGUUGUUGCUUCCAAUGAAGAUUAUCAUUGAACCUUUUUACAGAUCAGUGAAUUUUAUUACAGUUUCCAAAUUGAUAUGUAUAGAUUGGAUUUGAUAAAUUACUAGUAGUUGUGUGGAUUCAGAUCAUCCAUACUGCCAUAUCAGGGGGUGCAAGUGCCACAUCUGCCAACGAUCAUUAGCAGUUUUUGAAUUUUUCAAACUCACCUUCACAGCAACAACAGCAAACUUAUUAGCCAGUAGAAGUUUGUUAUAAAUCAUGGGCACCGUCUAUCUGAAAGGUUAUGAUGACCUUUGAACUGAGUAGAAAAAGUUCCAAAGUACCUGAUAAGCACAGGUGAUCUUCAGAUGGCGCAGUGCCCAGCGCUUGCCAUUCCUUGCCUGGUACCUUCUAGCAAUAAGAAAAUGUGGAGUGGUUUUCCAGACUGUUUUCAAGCAUCUCCAAAAGAUAACACAUUGAAAUGCAAGCAGAUAAGGAAGAAUUUAUACAUCAAAAGCAAGCGAAAUCUUUUAUUAUCUCCUCUGCCAAAAGUCAAGGUUGUUAAAGCUUUAGCCUUGCAGGGUUCAAGGACAUUUCAAUACUCUUGGUUGUUUGCACACGAUAGAGAGCAUUCUUGUCUUGCCUUGAAGACUUCAACUCCCAGGAAGGAGCUUCAGGUCACUGAAUUGCGAUACAAACUACGUAUUCAGUGUAAUUAUGAGAAGCAAAAUGGUAAGGGCAAUGCCUUGGGUAAAUCCUCUGUUCCUGAUCAAGAGAAUCUCCCUUCCAAUAAAAAAAAGCAUCAGCAUCCAAAGGAAUCAUUGUUUUUUAUAUUGCAGGGGAGAGCACGAAUGUUAUUACAAAAUUUAAGGAAAUGCUCACCGCAUGCUAUUAUAAAAGCUCUGAUGGUAUUUUUGCGGCAGUAUUCAAGACAGGUAGCCAUUUCAACUGCAGUGGGUAGUGUCCUCGGAUUUUGUUGUUUGGGCCUUAAGCUCACAGCAGUUCCUUCUUCUGAGAUAGCUCCUUAUUCAGACUUGGUUAGGAGUUUGCAAGCUGGAAGAGUAACAAAUGUUUUGUUUGAAGAAGGUUCGCGCCGAAUAUUUUUUAAUACACAUUGCCACAUCCAAGAUAAACUGCAAUCAAUAGAAAAAUUAGCAGAUAACACUGAAAGUAACAUGACUGCAGUGAGUGGGACCAAGUUUGAAGAUGCCAGAAAUGACCUAGAAACUCAUGUAGCACGAGAUGGUGGGAAUCUAGCUGGAGAAACUAACAAGUUCCUGUUAGAGGAGCAAAACAGAAAAAGAAGUGACCUGUCCUCCAAAAUCACCCAAAUGAAUAAUCGAACGUGGCAAUAUGCUACAAGAAGAGUAGAACAUGAUGAGAGCUACCUACUGAGUCUAAUGAGAGAGCAUGGAACCAUAUAUAGCUCUGCUCCCCAACCAUUAAGUGCAUCUUUAAGGAGCAUUUUGAUCACAGUAAUGUCCCUUUGGAUACCUUUAACUCCUAUGAUAUGGAUAUUACUUAGGCAGAUUUCUCCUAACACCUCAUCUGCAAAAAAGCGUCGUUCAAGCAAGCAAAUGGUAAAGUUCGAGGAUGUUGCAGGUGUUGAUGCUGCAAAGGCAGAACUUAUGGAGAUUGUUUCAUGCCUGCAAGGUAACAUAAAGUUCAGUACACUGGGAGCAAAGCUAUCAAAGGGUGUUCUUCUUAUAGGACCUCCAGGAACAGGCAAAACACUUUUAGCACGUGCAGUGGCUGGAGAGGCUGAAGUACCUUUCUUUGCUACAUCUGCUAGUGAAUUUGUGGAGUUAUUUGUUGGAAGAGGAGCUGCUAGAAUCAGAGAUCUUUUCAAUGUUGCCAGGAAAUGUGCUCCAUCUAUCAUAUUCAUUGAUGAACUUGAUGCUGUUGGAGGGCGUAGGGGUAGAAGUUUUAAUGAUGAACGUGAUCAAACAUUGAAUCAGUUAUUGACAGAGAUGGAUGGAUUUGAGUCAGACACGGGAGUACUUGUUAUUGCUGCAACAAAUAGGCCAGAAGCCCUAGAUCCAGCCCUGUGCAGGCCAGGCCGGUUUUCUAGAAGAGUAUUUGUGAGAGAACCAGAUGUAGAUGGAAGACGGAAGAUCUUGGCUAUUUAUUUGCGUGGAAUUCCUCUAGAGGAGGACCCAGAGAUGGUUUGCAACUUGGUUGCAUCAAUCACCUCAGGAUUUGUGGGUGCUGAUCUUGCAAAUGUUGUUAAUGAGGCUGCAUUGCUUGCUGCUCGACAAGGAAACACUGUUGUUACUGUUGCAGACUUGAGAGAAGCAGUCAAUAGAGCAAAAUAUGGGAUUGGUGAUAAAGUUGCGUUACCUGCAGUUAUAGAGAAGGAGCUAGGGCGGCUGUUUCCAUGGAUCCCAUCUAGAGCACAAACAACAAUAAAUGAUAAUAAUGACACACAACCUUUGGGUUAUCAAUCAAUCACUUGAGAAUAAAGAGGAAUACUUGGCUUGACUGAAGGCAUGCUACUGAACGUUUUGCUCAACAAUUCUUUGUAAUCACAAAUCAACAAAGGGAAAAUUAUAUUCACUCUUGAUGAGAAAGGUGCUGUGUUAUCGUGUUGCUUAAUUUUCAAUUUAAUAUCACAUAACAUAUGGAGGGUAAUCAUUUGGGUUCCUUGUACACUGAGUUUUCAAAAUUUAUAGAAAUGCCUUAUGCCCCUUUACAUGGAUUGUUAGGGGUUUGGUAAAAAUUAUUAUUCCCACCAAUGGACCAUUCGAUAUCAGAAGAGGAUUGAAUAGACAUUCCUUAAUUUGAUGAUGCUAUACAAUGUAUGCAGUUACAUCUGUAAUAGGAAUUGGUAACUCAAUGCACAGAAAAUUUUGGCCGACAAUUUUUUUAAGAGAUCUAAUAUAAAAAUAGGUGCAGCAAGCUUAAGACA